GCAGUCGCCGUGACCCCAGCGCGCACCGCCCCUCCACGCCUGUCCACCGCGCGCCUCCGCGGGCACGUACUUCCUGUGAGGCCUUCGUGCGCACCUUUAUCGCCGCCGAACCGAGCCGAGCCCAACUCUGCCUUUUAGACCAUUCGCCAUGGUGGACGAGCUGGUCCUGCUGCUGCACGCUCUCCUGAUGCGGCACCGCGCCCUGAGCAUCGAGAACAGCCAGCUUAUGGAACAGCUGCGGCUGCUGGUGUGCGAGAGAGCUACCCUGCUGCGCCAGGUACGUCCGCCGAGCUGCCCCGUGCCCUUUCCCGAAACGUUUAACGGCGAGAGCUCCCGGCUCCCCGAGUUUAUCGUUCAGACGGCGUCUUACAUGCUCGUCAACGAGAACCGAUUCUGCAACGACGCCAUGAAGGUGGCAUUUUUAAUCAGCCUGCUAACCGGGGAAGCAGAGGAGUGGGUGGUGCCCUACAUUGAGAUGGAUAGCCCCAUCCUAGGUGAUUACCGGGCCUUCCUCGAUGAGAUGAAACAGUGCUUUGGAUGGGAUGACGAUGAAGAAGACGAUGAGUACGACGAAGAAGAUGAUUACUAGGCCCGAGUCUCCGGGCCCUAGUGGGGAGGGCCCUGCACGCCGCCUCCGCCUAUCCUCCUCUGCCCCCCCCCGCCCCGGAGCCACUGCGCUCCCCGUUGCCCUCCGUUCCCCUUCCCUACCCCUGCUCUGUGGUUCUUUCCCUCAUCCCCCCUGUAGUGCUUGUCUUUGUUCCACGGCUAGUGCUCCAGUUACUACUGGGGCAGGGGCCUCGCUCUGAAGAGCAUCGCCACCCACUCUGGCCUCCCCAGGACCCUCUCCUGCUUAUUUGGACUGCCCUGAGCCCCAGCUAUAGGGCAGACCCCUGUUACAAACUGGCCAGACUUCUCACAGCCGUGCUGACUGCCAGCCAGCCCUACAUCUGCCCUGAGAACUACGCUGCCACUUCACCAUCGACCACAUUCCAGCGACAGAGCACCGCCUUUGGAGAUAAGGACCAAACUAGAAGAUGCCUGAGUUGGCAACAUUUCCUCGGACAUUGACUUGGACAGCUCACCAACCCCUGAAGGGGCUAGUCUUUCAACCUGGUUAGUUCCCUAGCUACUCCCAGAGUCUUCCCCUGCCCCACCAGAUUGCUGGAGGGGCUAGUGUGCCUGGCAGCCAAAUUGUUGACACUUAUUCUCCCCUAGGCACCAGUUUUGCACAGCUGUCAUUUUUCUUUUAAAAUUGCAGUAGUCCCACAGAUGUGUGCAUUUGGACAAUAAUACUAAAAACAAAGCAAACAAACAAAAACAGGCACUCAAACAGCUCCUCAGUACUACCUGGAAAAAAGCAUUUGCAUUCUUUUCAAUAAAUAUCAAGCACUACAAAAAAAGAAA